CCUAGAAAGGGGCGGCUACCCUCCUCCGCUUCCCUCGACUUCAUUUCGUCAACUUCGCUAUUUUUAACGAGCCCCGUCCUCGUUUUCUCUCUCUUUUCCGUUAGAAUUCGCCAUUCUCGGAGCUCAACAGCGAAACUUCGUUUGAAUUUUGGGAAAAAGGGAAAAGCGAAAGAAGAAUCGAAGAUACAAGGAGAUUCCAACGCAGUUGCAGCCAAUUCCUAUAUGGAGGUCGAAGGCAUUCCAAAUGGCUACUUCACCGAAGCGAUCGAAGAACCCCACAUUGAACAGGAACCUAAAAAAAAAGGCGAAACUCCUCCACCACAACCAUCAGUGUCAUCAGCCAGCUUCGACUGCAACAUCUGCCUAGACUUCGCAGUGGAUCCCGUCGUCACUCUCUGCGGCCACCUCUACUGCUGGCCCUGCAUCUACAAAUGGCUCGAAAUGGACAACACCACCGACUCGACCCAGCACUGCCCCGUCUGCAAAGCCUCCCUCUCCCAAGACUCCCUCGUCCCCCUAUACGGCCGAGGCCACAGCACCAAAAACUCCUCCCACCAAACCUUUACCAACAUUCCUCAACGCCCCAACUCCUCAGUCCAUCACCAAAGAUCACAGUCCGAGAUCUCCGACGAGGAAGAAAACCCUAACCCUAACCACAGGCAUCGGCAUCAUCAUCAUUAUCAUGUUCAUCAGCACGAGCAUCAUCAUCAUUAUCCUUCAUUGACGAACAGAGUGAUUCAUUCCACGGCUGGGGGAGUGCUGGGCGGGAUGGCGAUAGCGGUGCUGCCUUGGGUUUUUAGGAACCACCAGGAGUCGGCGGCAAGCAUGCAGUUUGCGAAUUCGAGUAGUCCUUAUUAUGUUGGGGGGAGUGGAGGGAGUUUGAGGCGGAGGAGGCAGGAGAUGGAGGUUGAGACCUCGCUUCAUCAGAUUUGGGUGUUUUUGUUCUGCUGUGCUAUGCUUUGUUUGCUGCUGUUUUGAUUGGCGUGAUUGCUAGGUUGAGGGGUGGGAGUAUGUGUAAAUAAAGGUUCACGGAAUCGCUUUUCUUCAACAAUAAGCCACUCUUGAUGCUUGAUAGAUAAUGGUAAAGGACUUGGCUUAAAAGUUAAAAAAUGGGAACAAAGAUCAGACAUUUGGAGCAUUGAAAGUUCUUUCAAGUGUGUAAUAUCAUUACGUUGUUGCGUCAUUUUGCUGCUACAUCUUUUGACAAUGUCAUUGAAUUCUUAUAAUUUUUGGAUUUGUUCCGUGA